GGAAGGCGUGGAGGGCGAUGCUGGGCGCGGGGCUGCUCUUGGUGCUGCUGGCCCUCUCCCUCGGGCCCAGCCCCCCCUUCCUCGCCUUCUCCGACGCAGACUCCGGGGGGUCUUCGAGGGAAGAAGAGGAGAAGGAAGACCCCCACUCAGGCCCCCCUCACCAUGGAGACCCCCAUCACUGGAGCUACACAGACAAGGCCAAUUGGAGCUCCGCCUUCCCUUUUUGUGGGGGGCACCUGCAGUCCCCCAUCGACAUUGAAACCAGCGCGGCCAUCUUCAGCCCCCAGCUGACCCCCAUCCUGUUGUCCGGCUACGACCUGCCAUCAAAAAUGAGAGAACUGGCUAUGUUCAACUCUGGCCAUUGGGUUGUGCUGGACCUGCCAAGGAACCUGUCUGUGUCUGGUGGGGGCUUCCCUUUCCCGUACCAGGCGGCCCAGCUUCACCUGCACUGGGGGUCCCAGCCCGGCCUGGGGGGCUCCGAACACACCGUGGAUGGGCACCGCUUCGCCGGAGAGCUCCACGUGGUCCACUACGACUCCCGCUUCGGCAGCAUCAAGGAGGCAGCAAAGGAGCCCGGCGGGUUGGCGGUGCUGGCCGCCUUUCUCGAGAAUAUGUUGCUCCUGAAGAUAGGAGGGGAGGAGACGCUGCUGGGGGGCUUCGACGUGGCCCAGCUGCUGCCCACCAACUUGGGGCGCUACUUCCGCUACAACGGCUCGCUGACCACCCCGCCCUGCUUCCAGACCGUCAACUGGACCAUCUUCAACCAGACCCUCCGCCUCUCCCCACAGCAGAUCUUGGUGCUGGAGGACACCCUCCGUGGCGACGGAGACCACCCCCUCCAUGGCAACUUCCGCCUCCCACAGGACCUCUAUGGCCGGACCGUCCUGGCCAGCUUCUCCGAGGGCCACUCCUCCAGAAGGGCCCCACUGCCUGGUAACGGAGCUCCCCCCAGCAGCCCAGAGACCCCCAAGAAGCCCCCAGAAGAGGAAGGCGAUGGAGUGGCCUCAGGACAAGGCAAGCACCCCUUCUCUGCACAGACCCCCACUCCUUUUGGGGCUUUUCUUGUUGCCCACUGCCACUGGCAGCUGGAGGAGGGUAUGGCGAGCAAACCCACAGCCCUCCGGAAGAUGCAUCAGGAGGAGACCCUGGCCCAGCGCCGCCUGAGGACGGAGGUACCUGCUUUUAUACUCAUCCACAUGAUGCAAUCAUACGUUCAUGUUUUCGUCCUUCGUUACCUGAUGCAAGCACACCUUCUGGUUGCACCAGGCGCUUGCUUUGUCACCCUGACUCACCUGGGAGGCUCUGCUCCCGAGGAGACCCCAGGAGAGGAGGAGGGCCACAGCAUGGCACCGGGAGAAGACGGAGGGCAACCCCGCAGCCCCCCAGAAGGCACAUCAGGAGCAGACCCUGUCCCAGCGCCACCUGAAGGAGGAAGCAACCGGGCCUCAGGUUCAGGGACUGCCCAGCAGACAGAGUCCGGGAUUCAGGCAGGUGGUGUCCUGGCCAUCCUCUUUGGCGUCCUCUUCGGCCUCACGGCCCUCGCUUUCUUUCUCUACGUCCGAAAGCACCGGAAGCAAAAUUGCAGGCUGGCUGCUCAGUCCGGGAAGCCCUCCGUCAUCUACACUCCGGCCGCCAAGACCGAGGAGAACACUGUUUAGGUCACUGAGGCCGAAAAUUGGAAC